CAAUAGCAGCAGAGGGAGAGAGAGAGAGAUUGGGAGCCGGAGUGCGAUCGCUCAACAACUCCGCCGCAUUAUGCCUUCCCUUCUCAUUUCGGCAUGGAGGCUGGAACGCUGAGAGGAAAACACAUCAGAAAGCUCGGCAUCUUUUUCUACUUGAUUGCAACAUUUAGCAGCGCGAUCGGGCAGAAAGGUGAUGGUUGUGGACAUACUGUUCUUGGCCCGGAGAGUGGAACUUUUGCAUCAAUAAAUUAUCCCCAAACUUAUCCCAAUAACACCGUUUGUGAGUGGGAGAUACGGGUGCAGCCCAGUCAGAGGAUUAUUUUUAAAUUUGGGGACUUUGAUAUUGAAGACUCUACCUCUUGUCAUUUGAGUUACUUACGACUGUAUAAUGGAAUUGGCCCAGGCCGGAGUGAAAUUGGUAAAUAUUGUGGACUUGGAAUUCAGUGGGACAAGGUUAUAGAGACAGAAAGCAAUGAAGCUACUGUUCAGUUCAUGAGCGGCACUCACGUCUCUGGCCGAGGGUUCCUUGUAUCAUACUCUACAUCAAACGAAUCAGAUUUAAUUACCUGUUUGGACAAAGGAAGCCACUUUACAGAGCCUGAAUUCAGCAAGUACUGUCCUGCGGGAUGUUUGACACCUUUUGGCGACAUUUCAGGAACUAUCCCUCAUGGCUAUCGAGAUUCCUCUUUGCUGUGUAUGGCUGGUGUUCAUGCUGGUGUCGUGUCAAAUUUUCUGGGCGGCCGGAUCAAUGUUGUCAUGAGUAAAGGCAUUCCGUACUAUGAAAGCACUCUUGCAAAUAAUGUCUCCUCAAAACUUGGACCUUUAUCAGCUAGUCUGUUUACGUUCAAGACCAAUGGUUGCUAUGGGACACUGGGAAUGGAGUCUGGUGUCAUCGGAGACAGCCAGAUCAAUGCAUCUUCAGUUCUACAGUGGCAUGACCCUUCUGGACAAUUUCACAUCUGGGGACCAGAAAAGGCUCGUCUGAAAAAGCCAGGUUCACCUUGGGCUGCAUUUCAUACUGAUGAACCCCAGUGGCUACAAAUAGACUUGAAGAAAGAGAAGAAAAUAACAGGUAUAAUUACCACAGGUUCCACUCUGGGUGAAUAUUCUUUUUAUGUCUCUGCAUACCGAAUCCUUUCCCGUCAUGAUGGACAGGAUUGGAAGGUAUACAAAGAAGCCAACAGUGACCUGGACAUGAUAUUCCAAGGAAAUUCUAACAAUUACCAGGAAGUUCGGAACAACUUCAUCCCACCCAUUCUCGCCCGUUACAUCCAGAUUAAUCCAGUACAGUGGCACCAGAAGGCAGCACUGAAAGUAGAGCUGUUGGGUUGUCAGCCAUACCAACUUUCACUGGCUCGGACUCCAUCUCAGUCUCUGCCUCCUCUGCUAAGCACAGAAAUCCCUCCAAAGUUUGAUGAAAUUACAUUUACGCCAGAAAUCAAGAACAAUUCAGUGACUCCUAAGGUGACCAAAGAUGUGGCGUUGGCGGCCGUCCUGGUGCCUGUGUUAGUCAUGGUGCUUACUACCCUUAUACUGGUCCUUGUAUGCGGCUGGCAUUGGAGAAACAGAAAGAAGCCUGUAGCAGGGCCUUACAACUUGCCCUACUGGGAUCGAGCAGGCUGGUGGAAGGGAAUGAAGCAGUUUCUGCCUGCGAAAAACACUGAGCCCGAUGACACUUCUGUGCGCUACAGCAGCAGUGAGAUGAGCCGCCUGAGAGCCCGAAAUGCAAGCACAGUGAUCCAGACAGAACCUUCAGAAUAUGCCCAGCCGCUCGUGGCAGGAGCAGCAGGGACGCUACGGCAGGGGUCCACUUUCAAACCAGAGGAAGAUUCUGAAGCAGGAUACAGUGACCCAGAUGGAAAUGCUCACUACGAUGCUCCUGUGUCAGAGAUUUACCAUGCAUAUGCAGAACCUUUGCCAGUUUCAAGCCCUGAAUAUGCCACUCCAAUCAUAAUGGAAAUUUCCAGUCACCCAGCAGGAACCUUGGGAUCUGCGGCAGCCUCCACCUUUAAAUCAGCGGGGAGCACAGGGCCUUCAGUGACGGGUAAUCUAAGCACAUUGUUACCCAGAACUGAGGGUACCUCUGCUGGACAGGUAGGCUACGAUACACCAAAAGGAACAGCGGUCCCAAUGCCUGCAGAGGAACUAGGAUAUCAGGUACCAAUCAGUGUACCACAGAUAGCAGCAACAUCAGAUGCUGAGUGAACUGCCAAAAGGAGACAACAUACAGAGGGUAUUUUGGUGGGAAGAAGAGAGAAUGAGUUAAAAGAACAUUGCUGCAGCGAAAGAAAUGAUUGUACAAAGCUAAUGGGUAGGCAUGUUACCAUGGUGACUGCUAAGAAACUGUUGCCUGUUACCUGUAAUGGAUGGAAUAUGGAGUCUUCUUGAAUGUUGCCGUUCAACUGCAUGUGCCUGGAUUGUAGAGGUUGAUUCAUACUGGUUUGGUAUUCAGAAUUGUCUGAAACCAAAGGGUUAGAUAAUGCUCCACAUUAAAGAUGGUAAGAUUUUUGAUUCUGGUCAGUCCAUUCUGGUUCGGUUCAGCUCAUUUUAUGCUGUUAACUAUCAAAACGUCAUCUACUGAAAUCUGAAUUAAGGAAACAACCUCACAUAGUUGUUUAAGAUAGGCGGAUGUUAAUUUGAGAGGCAGAAGCCAAUACUUACUGUCAGUCUGAGCUUGGUUACGUGUGGGAGAGUUGUGGAAAUGGCCUGGAGAGGAAAUUUCUUUCCCAUAAUACUGCAACUUAUCUUAACAGCGUUGAGAGCCAGGUUAAAUAGCUUGUCAUGUAGGCCCUAAAAUUCUUCAGAGGUCUCCCACUGUAAUUCAGAGUAACAGUGUAAACAGGUGGCAACAGCAAAAUAUGCUGUUUCUCCUGAGCUUUGUCUCUGUUCAAAAGAAGUUACCAGCAGAAUCCUGAUUUAAUAUGAGGGUCUUUAUUUUAAAAAGGAGCGAAUUAGAAUCAGUCUUCAUAUCACACCUUUUGAUGGUGUAAUAAUGUUCUAUUUAUUCUACAAGUUAGAUUUUAACUUUCCACUGGAACAUGAUACAGCCUAUUGAUCAUUGUUAGUUAUUAGUAUGUUUUCACUCUAACUACUUAUUGGGACCUUGCACGAUGAGUACAAACCUCUCCUCAGAGAGGUGUUCCCAUCUGCGGAGGCUUUUUUCUACUGCAGGCUGAGCAGCACAUCUGCCUAAACAAUUUCUGAUUUGUUUUCCAAUCCCUCACUCUCCUAAAUGAAAUGGAUGCCAUAAGGGGGUUAUUUUACUGUUGGGCUGAUGGAGCUACAACUUGCGCAUGUAUUUUGAUGCAUUUUAUCUACAGUUAUGUUUCUGGCAUUGGAAACCAGAUCUUAUUGCUAAUUUGAUUGUCACUAUCGUGCCUUGAGAGAGGGGUGACACUGUCACUGAGGACAGGAAGUUCCUGUUGCAAGUUUUUGCUGUGAUAAAUGGAAACCCUUGUCCAAGUGACCCGGCUUACAUAAUUAAUAGGCUUUAUAUAAGACAAAAAAGUAAAGGUUGCAGCAUGAUGGUUUGGGGUGACUUCUCCUUACACAACAGAUGCAAAAUACAUUUACUGUUACAGGGACUCCCCCAAUCCACACUACUCCUUCACACAUUGCUAAGAGUCUAGUGUAUCCAGGGCUGAAUGCCAAGUACUGACCAGAAUUAUUCAUGAUCUUUAAGCUGAAAAAAGUUAGGUGAGCUGUCAAGAGAUUCAGCUCCUGGCACAGAGUUUUGCUGAACAGAAGCACAGAUCAGAGGUCAGCAUGCCCAAUUUUCCCAGUUGUACUCCCGCCAAGUCAGACUCCAUCUCAAAAGCAGAGUUGCUUUUAAAAAGAGAUCUUCUGUUUUCCUUUGAAGCAUUUUAUUUAUCUUUUUCUCUCCAUCUCGGCCCCCUUCCUCUCUCCCUUCCCCAUUGCUCCUAUUGACAAGUGUCCUUUAUAAUGACAGUAAAUGGUCAUUUGAACAUUAGAUUUAUCAGUUUCUGAUAGAAAUUAGAACUAACGAGAAACACAGUCAGAUCCAAAAAGACACUGAGCUGACCUGUAUAUUUUAUUCAUAUUGAAUUUGAUAUAAAAUGUUUGCCUAAGCACAGUGGGAAAGAAACCUGAAAAAACAAGUUUAUUUUGCACUCCUGCCAUUUGCAAUUUCCAUUUUGUUAGAAAAAUGAAUGUAAGAAAUUUCCAUUUAGUAUUUCUGUCCCUUUGUUCUUCUUUGAGCAAAGCACUCUUGUGUCAGAUUGCACCAUAAAUAAUGGAUGUUUAUUCCAGCCCAGAAUGGCAUUUAUCAUUAAAACCCCUGGUAUGAGUCAUUCUCUACAAGAAUGUACUUUUUUGUUGCCUUACCUCGGCAUGUACUGUAGUCCGUUAUUGUUUGUAUAUUUUGGUAGAAUUUAGAAUGUAUGCAUAGAAUGGAAGAGAUUUUUUUUUGAUGAUCUGUUGACAUAUGAUUGAAAUAUUUGUACAUAGAAUACCAGGUGAAAGUAACUGGUUGGCAGAAAAUUAAUGGAACCCUCAAGCCUCAGUGGUGUUGUUUACCUGGUUGAAUCCAAACUUGUUCUCAUCUCACUCUGGUUCUAACAGCUCAAAAUGGUCAAUUCGUUCCCCGCUGCUAAACUGGUGUUAAAAUUUGUUGGUUGCACGUUUCAUGGCAUUAAGUGUUUAGGCCAUUUAUUUUAAAAUGGAAAUCAAGGAUCAUUUUGAAUGUUCUUAAUAUCUGAAUUUCAUUGAAAUUUGAUCUUUUUAAGAUUUCAUCAAAUUUUAUUAAUGCUCACAAUACAUAGUUGUUACCUGUGAGAUAAGAUAGGUUAUAAAUAUUGAAGCUCAUGCCAACCUGACAAGUACAGUAACUCCAGUUCCGAUGAAAGGCCAUUGACCUGACAUAUUAGCUCUGCUUCUCACUCCACAGAAACUGCCUGACCAGCUGAAUAUUUCUAGCAUUUUUCAUUUUUAUACCACUAAAUCCAAAAUUGAUACUAGGAAAAUUCAGGAGAUAGUUACUUGCCAUCAGAGAGGUGCAGUGUUUGCUCCUUAUUCAUUUUAUCCUAAGCUUAUCCUCAUGUGGCUAUGGAUGAGUUUGAAGGUUAUUCUGAGUCCCAUGUAACCAAAAUGUGACACAUUUCCUCAGGCCUCAGGUUGCUGAAGGUGUUUUUUGACCCAAAAUAGUGUCUCAUCAUUUCCUGAUGAAUAGGAAGUUCCACUCUGAACAAUUAUUUUACUUUCUUUAAUUGACAUUUUUUGCGGUUGAUCUUGAAAAAGAUUGUAGCUUCAUGUCAAGAUUAAAUUUUUUUUUGUUGCUGAUUGAUGUUUAGGUAGUUCACCCUGUGGUAGCUAGAAUGUGAGAAUCAUAUUUGAAAAAGGUAAGCUAAAGACAUCAUAUUAAGCUUCUGAAAUGGCACCCAUCAUUUCUUACACCACUAGUUCUAUCGACAAAAUAAGGAUAAACUCGUCAUAUAGGUUCAUACUGUGUGUGUUGAGGCACUAAAUGAGCAAUUUAGCAUACUAAAUUGAAAUUUUACAAGUCAGAAAAAUGAAAGCAAAUAUAUAAGUAACAGAUUUCCAUUAUUUUCCACAAAGUUAAUUGGAUUGAGAGGGCCACAUUAGUUCUAUUGCAUUGGUAAUGCAAGGAUGAAAUGUAGCCUGCAGGUGGUGCUGUUAAGACUCCUGGCUGAAUUCACCACAAUGCUCCAUUAUAUGCCUUAAAAAUCUCCCAACAAUAGUUAUGGUUAAAAAUCACUGGUUAGGACCUCAACUACAAUAUUGUGCCCAAUUCUGGGGCCACAUUUUUACCAAAUUGGUGCCAGGCAUAUAGGGAAUUCAGUUAUGUGGAGGAAAGGUGGUUAAGGGGAAUUUUAAUAAGUUCAAAAUUGAGGGGUUUUGAGAAGAUACAUAGGGAAAAACUGUUAACCACUAGCAGACACAGAUUCGACAAAAAUAUUCCAGGGGGAGAAGUUUUUUUUUACUCAGCAAUUUGUUAUGACAUGGAGCACAUUGCCUGAAAGAGGGGUGAAAGCAGUUUUAAUAGUAACUUUCAAAGGGAAUUGGAUAUGUACUUGAAAAGGAAAUAUUUGUAGGACUGUGGGAAAAGAGUGGGAAUAAUUUAUGGUUAUUUGAGAGAGCUGGCACAGACAGAAUGGGCCAAAUGGAGUCCUUCUGUGUUAUAUUAUUCUAUGUCUGCUUAGGUUUUCCUAGCCUUGUAUGAGUCAUUUGGGGUCUAGAAUGCUGGAAAUGAAUGAUAAAGUUAUAACUUUAUGCCCAUCAAAAGAAAUAUUUUCCAGCUAUCCUGUGGCUAUUCAAUGUCAAACCCAAUAUAUGAUUCCAAAGUUUCCAGCAUGCCCUUGCAAGUAAACAUGUCUUUAAUAUUGAUGCUGUACUCACUCAACAAAUGCACUAGCAUCUCCAUAUUUGCUAUAUAUUUGCCUUAAUCUAACUUGAUGAAUGUAACGUUUAGACCAACCUUGGGGGUGGUGAUCAACAACUAGAGCAGGUUACCAAGAAUAAUAGUUGAAGAUAGGACAUUGGACUGAAUCAGUAACAUCCAGACACGAUAAUGGAUUAGUUUGAUAUCGUGUGAUGUGAUGAUAUAUCAUGAAACAAUGUCAAAUGGGGUGAAUGUCCUUUUUAACUUAAGUCUCUCAUGUCAAAUUAAGGAGAUGAAGUGGAGUAACCAGGAAGUGGAUCUAAGUUAAAAGAUGUGAUUCCCUUCUCUGACCCUUCAUUUUAGCCACAUUCACACAUUAAAGAUCAACUCCUCUGGCUUUAAUUUUCAUUCUCCCUGCAGCUUGUAACCUUUGUGCAUACAGGCUCUACAGUGCCACCAGCUGGAUCAGGAUGUUUUGCAACAUUCAUUAACUGAGAUUUGAAGAAUAUAUGCCAUAAAAAUUCAAAAUUAGCAUAAGAUACAAUAUUGAAAAAGAAAAUCUGGUUUAAAGUGAGGAUUGUUGAAGUGGCCCUGAGUUUGGAGUUGAUGGUGUUGUAAAUUCACAAUCAGAUGGGGUUGGGAUCAUGGCUUCAAUUCAGAAGUUUCUUUGAUAAUGAUGAAUAUGUCUUGAGGCCUUUAUCACCUUGAUAAUGCAUCCGCACUAAGGCUUAGAAGUAAAUGGGGAAAUGGAAUUUCCUUUAAAACGUGUCCAGUUUACAUGUUUUAAAUUCCCAGACAUCCCACUCAGGGGUAAAAGAAACAGAUUGUCCAAUCCAAAACCACGUGUGGCAACCAUAAUUGAGAUAGCUGUUUGAUCUGGUCUGGUCUCGCCUUAAACAGUCCAUUCACGCACAGAGGACUAGUUUGGAAACAAUGUGAAAAGCAGCAAGUCUGAAAGAAAACUGGUGGCUCACAGCUUGCUGGAUAAAUUCACCCAAUGGGACUGAGGGUAUAGUAAAGAAGAAUUAUAUGCGUGCAGCCUAUGUUUGUUACAAGGUACGUAUUCCUGAAAAAUCUGAGUUCCUAAAAUGUCACAGAAGGUUAGAACUACUGUUACUACAAGAGAAGUUUCUUUGCUCUACAAUGUUUUAUGAAUCUUGCUGUAAGGAGUGAUAGGUCUCUCAAAAUUGAUUUAUUUCUGUGAAAUAAUAGUUUAAAAUAGUAUUUGCUCCACAAUAUUACACUGCAAAGUGCAUUCUUUCAUUAGCGUGAUUGCCAGCACAACAAAAUGUUUUAUUUUUGAAAAAAAAAAGUACUUUUUGAAUCUGUUCAUGGGAGGAGGGGUGUUAACUAGCAGUUAUUUCACAAAAAUAACUUCUUCCCUUCCUCUAGUUCACCCGUCAUAGGAUUUAAUCUGCCUACAGUAUUUGAAGACAACAGUGUAACUCAUCCCAUCUCAAUAUAUUACUUAGAGAGUCAGUUUGCAACAUGUGUUUUUUCUAUCAUUACCAUUGUUUCAAAGCCAGCUUUAUGUGUGGAUUUUAGUUUAAUCAUUUAGAGUUGCAACAACUUAAAAAAUGACCGAAGCUGAGCUUAUCUUAACCUGUCAGUGUAUGCCACACAAAAUAUGAACGAAACUGGGAGUUUAGCUCCAACACAACAUAACCCUAAGCCUGUGCGUAAAAAGAGGCUCAGUGUAAGGGAUCAAUGGUCUUAAACCAAUGAUUAAUACGAAUGAACAAAUCAUGCAACUUACACAUCCCAUGCACAGUCACCUGUCACUCUAUGUCAAGACUAUUUUGCAAGAUGCACCUUGAGUUAUUUUUGUGAUAAUCACUGUGUUCAUACUGAAACUGCGAAAACUGCUUUCUGAUAGAAGAUUGUGUGGAUUUCACAGUUUCAGCCCUGUCGUCACAUCAGUGUGUUUAGUAAAGACAAUCUUUCUUAGUUUACUGUUACAAUACAAAAUUUGCAUCAAGUUUUCCACAUUAACUUUGUACGUGUGUCAGCAAAACUGCUUUAUUUGAAAUUAUUGCCGACAGUUCUACACAAUGUAGAAGCCACUAAGUUUGCUCAUUUUUACUUGUAGUACUUUUAAAAUAAUUUUAGUGCGAGUACUGUACUGUCGCAGUUAAAAGAACUGUCGAUUCAAGUGAAGUUCUAUCUAUAAUAAAAUAACACUGAAACAACAA